GAAUGUGUGUUUCGAAGUCACAUAUCUAUCAGGACAUGAAUACGAAGUAUUCCCUGCAGUUACGAGGGUGCUGGUACCGUGGGAUUGAUUGUGACCCCACUGUCAUAAGAAAAAGAGAAUUUCCAGAUUCAACAAUGCUGAUAGAACCGGACCAAAGUUGUGGAAGAAGUGGAGGUUGCCAGCGACAUACUGGGGGACGUCUGGUUCUGUAGGGAAGGUUUAGGCGAGUGACUAAACCAAUUCACCCCAGACGUCAUUUUGGAGCUCAACUUCACACCAUCUUUACUCCACCAACCUUGGAGAACACACCAAGCGUCCAGUACGCACCUAAGCUGGUCCAUCAUGGCUGAUGCGGUAGAAGGGGAGGCCAGCCAGCCGUUCCCAUGGCAGCUUGGUGUGUACGAUGCCCAUUGCCACCCUACUGACACGAUGUCGACCAUACCUUCGAUCCCAGACAUGAAGGCUCGAAUAUUGACGGUAAUGGCUACGCGAGCGGAAGACCAAGAAUUGGUCGCUCAAACCGCGGAUAAAUUCGGUGUUAAGUCGCGAACCCCAGAUUCAUGGUCCCAAGAGGAAUGCAUUGUUCCUUGCUUCGGAUGGCAUCCAUGGUUCACGCAUCAAAUGUUCGACGUGGAAGACUUUGACGGGAAAGAAACAUUAGAUCAAGACUCCAAGAUACUGCAUUAUCAGACUGUUCUCUCGCCCAAGCGUGACCGUCUCAGCGACGAGGAACGUCAAGCUUUUGCGUCUUUACCUGACCCGGAACCGUUUUCUCAAUUUCUCGAGCAGACGAGAAGCUACCUUGAAAGGUAUCCGCUUGCAUUGGUGGGGGAGGUUGGCCUGGACCGCUCCUUCAGAAUACCAGAAACUUGGAUACCUGGACAUGACAAGAGAGACGAAUCUCUCACCCCGGGUGGAAGAGAAGGGCGGAGGCUUUCCCCUUAUCGCGUGGACAUCAAGCAUCAGAAGAAACUUUUCAAAGCUCAGCUGCAGCUUGCUGGAGAAUUGCAACGGGCAGUGUCAGUCCACGGCGUUCAAGCCCAUGGCGUCGUCUUCGAAACGCUGCAAGAGACCUGGAAGGGCUACGAGAAGAAAGUCCUGAGCAAACGAGAGAAAAAGAAGCAAACCGAGGCGGCAAAGAGCUCAAAUCGGCAAGGAGUCUUAGAUGCGGAUGAGAGGCAAGACUCCCCUAAACCAUUUCCACCCCGAAUCUGUCUACACUCCUACAGCGGCAAUCCAGAUGCUUUCAAGCAGUACCUCAAUCCCGCAAUUCCAGCCGAGAUCUAUGCCUCUUUCUCCACGGCGAUCAAUCUCUCAGAUAAGCAGGAUGCGUCUGCUCCGAGCGCUCUUGAGCAGUUGAUCAAGUUGAUCCCAGAUGAUCGAAUACUAGUUGAGAGUGAUCUUCACAUCGCUGGUCCAAGAAUGGACGAACACCUGGAGGACAUGGUUAGGAGAUUAUGUAAGAUCAAAGGAUGGAGUCUAAAUGACGGAGUGGAGCAACUCGGGAGUAACUGGAGGAUGUUUGUGUUUGGGCGGAUACAGGAUAGAAGCUAAUUUUGCGGGAAUACGUCGAGGCACCUCUUGCAGUCGUAAACGAAUAGCAAAUCGCAUGACGAGACACUGCAAAUUGAAGAGUACAGUAUUGGUUAUAGCACAUCUAAUGCAGAG